UGUUUAGUUUUAGUUUCUCGGUAAUACCGUUCAGUCUCGAGUGUCUACUUCUACUAAAAAAUGUUUCAUAAGAACUGUUUCAUAAGAAAUUGCGGUUUCGUGAUUUUACGUUAGAAGCGAUUAAUUGUUAAUCACCAUCGAUUAUCAAAUUUUGUGCAAGUCUUUGAAACACCAAAAGUUUUCAAGCAGACAUGUCAACCACGCUCUCGCUGGGAUCCAGCAUUCUUCUUCUACUUGCAAUCUCCGCGUGUGCCGAAGAUGCAGAAGAUAAGGACGAAUAUUUGAAAUUCCCGCCCAACUUCCUCUUUGGAGCUGCGACAGCUGCAUAUCAAAUAGAAGGUGCCUGGAAUGUGAGCGAUAAAGGAGAAAGUACUUGGGAUCGAUUCGUUCAUGAUGGUAGAAGCCGCGUUUACAACAACGAAACGGGAGAUGUUGCUGCAAACUCUUAUUAUCAAUACAAGGAGGACGUUGCUAUUUUGAAGAUGCUAGGGUUCAAUUCGUAUCGUUUCUCCGUGAGCUGGCCACGAAUCCUGCCGACGGGUUUCUCGAACAACAUCAGCAAGGAUGGCGUCCAGUACUACCAUAAUGUGAUCGACGAGCUCAUAGCAAACAACAUCGAACCAAUAUUGACCAUCUACCAUUGGGAUCAUCCGCAAGUUCUUGAAAACAUGGGAGGCUGGUUGAACGAUGAAAUGGUCGACUGGUUCGGCGAUUACGCGAGAGUCAUAUUCAGAGAAUAUGGAUCGAAAGUGAACAAAUUCAUCCCGAUAAACGAACCCAUCGCUAUUUGUAAAAAUGGCUACAGUCUUGGUAUACAUGCUCCUGGUAAAACUCUUCAUGGAAUCGGCGAGUACUUGUGCAUGCAUAACGUGUUGAAAUCGCACGCCAGAGCCUAUAGGAUCUACGAGGCUGAAUUUAAGAACAUGUAUGGGGGCCAAGUUGGUGUUCUGAUCAAUUUAAGCGCCUAUAUGCCGCAAAAUCCUGACUCCGCCGAUGCUGCGGAAACGUCUUUUCAAUUCAACGUUGGUUGGAGCAUGCACCCGAUAUACUCUAAGAAGGGCGAUUAUCCACUUGUGAUGAAAGAAUUGGUGGGCAACAAGAGCGCAGAGCAAGGUUACAUGAAAUCUCGUCUACCCACGUUCGAUGCAGAGUGGAUUAAAUAUAUAAAUGGAACCUCAGACUUUAUGGCUGUAAAUCAUUAUACCGCCAGGCUAGUUACAGCUGGUACUAUGGGACUUGUACCAUCCCACGAAAAUGACCAAGGAGUGAAAGAGUUUAUCGAUAGUUCCUGGCAAUCGUCAGCUACUGACUGGUUGAAGGUUGUACCUGAAGGUUUCCGAUAUGUUCUACGUCAGUUGGCGACAAAUUACGGCAACCCACCGAUGUAUAUCACUGAAAACGGUGUUUCCGAUCACGGAACACUCAACGACGACGACAGAAUCUAUUACUAUCGCGAAUACUUAAAACAAAUGCUUCUCGCUAUUCACGUCGAUGGUGUAAACGUAAAAGGAUAUAUGUUAUGGUCGUUGCUGGAUAACUUCGAAUGGGACAGGGGAUACAGCGAACAUUUUGGUAUCGUCUCUGUCGACUUCAAUGAUCCAAAGAGACCACGAAUGUUGAAAAAGUCUGCUGCCUGGUGGCAAAAUGUCAUAACAGCUGGAAAAAUCGAUAGGAGUUGUUAAAAUUUCUGCUUACCUUAAAUCAUAUACGAUUUAUAUUCGUAAGUAUUGCGUACAAGAUUCCGAUCAUAUUAAUAAAUUAAUUUGUACAGAAUAAUUUAUGAGUUUUUGUAUGAUGUUUUCACAAAUUUAUUCUCAGAGAAGUUUUCUUUUUAGUCAAUAUUUUUCAUUCAUUUUACAUUCAAAUCUUACGAAACAAUUUUAUAUCUUUGACUUCAUUCAUCUUUAUUUUCUUCGGAAGUUUUAAUAAUUUAAAAGCCAGCGCGGAUAAAAAUUCAUCACUGUAAAUAGGUUUUAAAUUUUAAAAAUGUAUAACAUUAAAGAAGUAUGGAUAACAAGAUGGGUGUAAAAGUAGAAAAAACUAUCGUUUGUAUAUAACAACGUGAUAUGUAUAUAGAAAAAUAAUAUUAAAACAUGUAAAAUCUUACCUUCACCUAUGAGCAUUAAGUUCAUUAAUAUUAAAUUAAUCCAUUAUCUUA